GGUUCUCCUUUUCCGCAAUCCGUCUCUUUAAACACAUUCGGUACUUUCCGGACUCGCUCGGUGCUGUUCGUCAUCUACUCCUUUCACUGCGGCUCCAUCGCCGAGCGGACUGGCUCGCUGCUCUCAUCCGAGACAUCAGCGUGCACUGUUGGAUCUAUUAACGCACCAGCGCCCGGCUCCCUGGAAGCUUCUAGCUCGUGUACAAAUGCAAGCUAUCAAAUGCGUGGUGGUCGGCGACGGGGCUGUGGGUAAGACCUGUCUGCUGAUUAGCUACACCACCAAUGCUUUCCCUGGUGAAUACAUCCCCACUGUCUUUGACAACUACUCUGCUAAUGUGAUGGUGGAUGGGAAACCAGUGAAUCUGGGCCUUUGGGAUACAGCAGGACAAGAGGACUACGAUAGGCUCAGACCACUGUCUUACCCUCAGACGGAUGUGUUCUUGAUAUGCUUCUCCCUGGUCAGUCCGGCGUCCUUUGAGAACGUCCGAGCUAAGUGGUACCCUGAGGUUAGACACCACUGCCCCAACACACCCAUCAUCCUGGUUGGCACUAAGCUGGAUUUGCGAGAUGACAAGGACACCAUUGAGAGGCUGCGAGACAAGAAGCUGUCCCCCAUCACCUACCCGCAGGGCCUGGCCAUGGCAAGAGAGAUUGGGGCUGUGAAGUACCUGGAAUGUUCCGCGCUGACCCAGAGAGGCCUGAAGACGGUAUUUGACGAGGCAAUCCGAGCCGUACUCUGCCCUCCGCCUGUGAAGAAGAGGGGAAAGAGGUGCACCAUGUUUUGAGGAGGAACCACUAUUACACUACACUACAUCACCAUGAACAACAGCCACUACUUCUCUGAGAGGAUGAGAGAGAACACUAAUGAGAGUGAGUGUGCACUGCUGAGAUUGAUUUCUUUCUAUUGAUGUUUUUCAAUGUAAUAUUGGUAACAAGACCAAUAUUUAAUCUGAUUUUUUUUACUCUUACUUAAUCGCUCAUAGGGUCUGAAAGAUUUGACUAUCCACCAAUUUGUACCACAUCAAAUUGCCAUGAGGGCUGAUAAAGGUUUCUAUUAGUUGUCUUCAUAGUUCUACAUCUUUUCUUUCUCUGCCAUGCUUGCUUAAAUGAAUGCAGUGUUGACUAGAUAGGAAAUGAACUGUGACUACACCUUCAGGUCGGAUGUUACCCUCAGCUUCUGAUCUAAGGCAGCAUUUGGAAAAUAUCACUGCCUGCACUCAUGAAAUUUCACAGAGCACAGUUCUAAAAUGGAUAUAGUGUGGCUUCACUACGUAAAAUGAGAAUGAGAAAUUGAGGCGCUUUUUGCACUUUCAGCCAGUUUCUGUUGUUAUGAUAACAUUGUGUUCACCAAGUUAUCUUGCUGAGAUUUGUUGGAAACAACCUUCCUGGUUAGUCAAACUUGUUUGGAAGAGAAAAUGAAGGUAAAACACUAAGGAUAUGCCCCAAGUUCACUUUGUGGCCAUAUGGCUGAUGAACCAAUAAACAAAUGUGAAGGGCUUUAAGGUGGCUUCUGUGGCCUGUCUGAUAGAGGGGCCCUAUAAAACCAAACAACAGUAAGAGGGCCUCAACAGGGGCCCAUAGCUUUUUACCCCUGGUCUCAGUAACAGGACAACCCAAACCUGACAAUUAACUUAAAUCCUUCACUAGGGCCUUAAGGUGCCUUUAUUACCUGAUCUUGAGACUCUGCUCU